CUGAGCUGAGCGGAGGGGAGGGGAAGGGUAGGGAGGGGGUGUCGUCAAAACCCGACUCUUGCCGCGGCUAUCGGAGAGGUGCUGAGACUCUGGGCGCCGCUGACUGGCAGGGGGCGGCUGAGGAAUUCGGUGCUGUUCUGAAAGACGGCGCGUCUUGUGAGGAGCCGCCUCCCUUCCGCUGAGGGAAGGUCUACUUUGGAUAUUUCAAAAUAGUUGAAGAUAAACUGACCUGCAGUUUGGAUAGCACUUGCAGUCUGAAACUAACAACUGUGAUACCCCUUUAGAUACAUAAUGAGCACACUGAUGCAAGAUAAAGUUAGUGAACAACUAUAAAAUGCCCAGAUUUGGGUCAGCAAAGGCAGUUCAGAUUCAAAAUUCUGACAGCGAUAGCACCAUGGUGGAGAAACCAACUGGAAGAAAGAGCAAGGACAAGAUUGCCUCCUACAGCAAAACUGCAAAAGUGGAUAGGAGUGAUGUGGGAAAGGAGAUGAAAGAAAAGUCUUCCAUGAAACGUAAACUUCAGUUUAACGUUAGUCCAUCCAGAAAUGAAGAUCGAAAUUCAGACACAGAUUCAGACCCAGGACAUACAAAUGAAAACUGGGGGGAGAGAUUAAUGCCUACUUACAGGACAUAUUCAGAGAAAGAAGUCCCGGAGAAGAAGAAAAUGAAAAAAGAAGCUGCCAGUAAGAAAGCGGCUCCUGUUAGCAUACUUUUUGGUUAUCCACUAUCAGAACGCAAACAGAUGGCUCUCCUCAUGCAGAUGACUGCCAGGGACAACAGUCCAGAUCCCAACCUAAAUCAUCCUUUACAGACAGCACCAACACAAAAGAAAACAGCAAGUUCUUCAUCACGACGACAAGACAAAGUUAACAAGAGAAAUGAGCGAGGGGAAACCCCCUUACAUACAGCAGCCAUUAGAGGAGAUAUUAAACAAGUUAAAGAAUUAAUCAGUCUAGGUGCAAAUGUCAAUGUAAAAGAUUUUGCUGGUUGGACACCACUCCAUGAAGCUUGCAAUGCUGGUUAUUAUGAUGUUGCCAAGGUUUUGAUCGCAGCAGGGGCAGAUGUGAACACUCAAGGACUGGAUGAUGAUACACCACUCCAUGAUUCUGCAAGUAGUGGGCAUAGAAAAAUUGUGAAGUUGCUGCUCCGACAUGGUGGAAAUCCAUUUCAGGCCAAUAAACAUGGAGAGCGGCCAGUUGAUGUAGCAGAAACAGAAGAACUAGAAUUAUUGUUGAAAAGAGAAGUUCCUAUUUCUGAUGAUGAAGAUGGCUGUUCAGAUCUUGAAGAGGCACCCUCUGUAAAUCCUUCUAGUAUAGAUGGAAAUAUGGAUUCUGAGACGGAGAAGGAAUCUCUAGUCAAUGAUAGCAAGCAUGUUCCUGAUAAAGCACCACUUUCAUCAGCUCUUGAUGAAUAUGAAUUUAAAGAUGAAGAAGAAGAUGAAGUUAAGAAAAUAAUUGAUGACAGGCAUAUACCAAGGAAGGACUUGAGAAAGGAGAAUGAAUCUGAAACAGACCAGAGUAAUUUAUUUCUUAAACAGGAACAAGUAACCUUUCCAAAGUCAUUUAAAAAUAAAAAACAGAAGCCUUCCAGAGUUUUAUAUUCAAGUUCUGAAAGUUCAGAUGAAGACAUUCUUCAAGACAAAAAGAUCAUCUCAGCUCCAUGUUCUGUCACAGAAACUUCAAAUUCUGAUACAAAAAUUAAAAAAGAAUAUAUUUUCAGUGAAUAUAAACAAAAAGGAAAAGUUAAAAGAAAAUUAAAAAAUCAAAGCAAAAAUAAAGAAAAUCAACAAUUAAAGCUAGAAAAAGAAAACUCCAGAGUGACAAACUUGGGUCCUUCUGUGUUAGACUCCUUAGAUAAAAGCAGAGAAGAAGAAAAUUUAAAAAAGUCUUUUAGCCCAAAAGAGGAUUCUUCUUUGCAUUUAUUCCAUAUUACUGCUGGCAGAUCCCCAAAGCAUCCAUGUGGAUUAACUGAAAAGCAGUCAACACCCCUUAAACAAGAAAAUGUUAAGGCAUGUUUAUCACCAGGAGGGACUGAACUAACAUCACAAUCUGAGUUAGUUCGAUAUGAUCAUAAUACAGACUCUGAGUUCCUACUGGAGAGUUCUAGUGGCAAAUCAUGCAAGCACAAAGACAAAAGUAAGCAUCAGAAAGAGUUUCUUUCAGAGUUUGGUGAUAAAGCUAGUCCUAAACUGAAGGAGGAAGAUAAUAGCCCAUCCUUUGAAAGCUCUGAUUGCACAAUGAAAAAGGUUGACAAGGAGGGGAAAAUAAUUAAGAAACAUAAACUGAAACAUAAAGAAAAGGACAAGCACAAAAAAGAGCAGGACGGAGAGAAGGAAAAACAUAAGCACAGGGAGAGUUCCAAGGAUGUUCAAAGGAAUAUUGAAUUUGACAGAGAAUUUUGGAAAGAGAACUUCUUUAAAAGUGAUGAGGCAGAAGAUAUGUCAAAUAUGGACCAUGAAUCUCAGUCCUCAGACAGGAAAUCUAAGAUGGAAAAGGUUCUGAUGAAAGAAGACAAAUAUGUGAAGGAAAAAAUCUUUCAAAAAGAGAGAGUUUUUAGAGAGGAAAGAGAUAAAAAUAAAAAAGAAAAUGACAAGGAUGAAAAAACAAAAGAAAUAAAAGAAGAAAAAGAGAGCAUGUUCUCAGAUAAAGAAACAGAAUUGUUUUGCUUAGGUGUUAGGGAUGUAGCAACAAGUGCAUACAUAGUAGACAAAGAAAGAGACAUUGAGAAGCAGGAAAAAAGCACAAAGGAAUAUAGAGAGAAGGUGGAGAAGCGGAACUCUGCUACUGAAAAAGCAGAAAGAAAAAAUUUAGACAAAGAGAAAAAAAUAAAAUAUGAACAUAAGUCAGAAAAAGAGAGAUCAGAGCCCAGUGAGAAUGCAGAAAAGACAAAAGAAAAGACUUAUUUUCAGCAAACAGAAAAAUCUCAUAAAGAAAAUGACAAAUUAAAAAGUUUUAAUACUAUUAAAAAGCUUGAUGACAAAGAAAAAAGCAAAGAAAAACCUGACAAGAAACAUGACAAAGAAAAAAAUGAUAGACAUCUCUCUGAAUGCAAAGAGAAACUCUGCACUGAUAGAAAAUCCAAGAUUUCUGACAAGGAAGGUGAAUAUUCAAAGCUGGAAAAGGUCAAAAACAAAGAAAAGGAGGCUGAGAAAAAAGAAAAAUCUAGAGAGCGGGACUGUUCAGCAGUCGCAAAUGUAAAGCACAUAACAGAAGAGAAGAGGUGUAGUAUGGAAAAAAUAUUGUCCUUGAAAGAGAAACCAAAAGAUGAAUUGCUGAAAACUCCAGAUGGACGAGAGAAAGAUAAAAAAGAUAAAGAUAUAGAUAGAUAUAAAGAACGUGACAAACAUAAAGAUAAAACGCAGCAUAACAACUUCCUUAAAUUAAAACCUGAACCUGAAAAGCUUAAGUCUAAACCAUCAUCAGCUCCUAAAGAUACACGGCCUAAAGAAAAGAGAUUACUAAAUGAUGAUUUGAUGCAGACAAGCUUUGAAAGAAUGCUUAGUCUUAAGGACUUGGAAAUUGAACAGUGGCAUAGAAAGCACAAAGAAAAAAUAAAGCAAAAAGAAAAAGAGAGAUUAAAGAAUCGAUCCUGUUCAGAACUUAACAAAAUAAAAGAUAAGGAUAAAAUGAAACUUUCCCUUAAUGAAUUAAAAAAUAAAGAGUUGACUCGUUCAAAAAGCUCAGAAUUGUCUGAAGCUUGUGUGAAGGAAAAACAAUUGAAAGAUGCUACAAGUUGUAGGUCACAAUCUGUUGACAUAAAAAAUUUAGCAGCUGGUGGGAAAACAUCGCUACUACUAGACAAUUGUUCAAAUAGAUCCCCCAGAUCAGAAAGUGAAAAGACAGGACUAACAUCCAGAUCAGUAUCCAUGAUUUCAGUAGCUAGCUCAGAGGAUUCCUGCCAUACUACAGUGACUCCUCCAAGACCUAUAACUGAGUACGAUUCAGACUUUAUGCUUGAAGGAUCCGAUUCUCAGAUGUCUUUUUCACAAUCACCAUUUCUGUCUAGUGCCAAAUCGCCAGCUCAUCAUGAGACUGAUAGUUUAUCAGAGUUGCCAGAGCGUAAUAAAGCACCUUUUCCAAACAGACUUCCAGCAGCUUAUGUGAGAUCAGCAUCUGUUGAAGAUGUUAAAUUUGUUUUAACUGAUUGUAGGCCAGUUGUAGAAGUACGAAGAUGCAGUAUGCCCGCUGUUUAUGAAAAUACAAAACAGUUCCAAAUGUCAGAAGAAAAUAAUCCUAAUGCUGUGCUUUCAGUGCAGAGUAAUAGCUGUUCUCCUAAACAUGAAUCAACAUGCUCUAAUUUACUUGAAAAAGAUUCCCAAAAUGGCACAUCAAAUUUGUAUUCAGCUUCUGUAUCAUCCCCAGCUAGAUCUACUAGCAGCAAACCUAUUGUAUCAGAUGCAAUUGUUAAAAGUGCUACUCAGUCAAGCCCAUCGGGAGAAAGUCCUGUGCCUUCAGAGCAGAGUGGCCAGAGUAAUAUGACUCUCUCAAGUAAAUCAUGGGAUGUGCCUUCAGAUAGAUUUAAUUCAUUCAACAGUGAAUGUGCCUGUUCCAAUUAUACAGGUGUGGAUCAAGAUUCAGCAAAUGUCCGAGCCAUACAUAAUUCUGAAAAUAAAAUCAUGAAAGAACAGAAAAGUUCUGAACAGUUCCUUCAUCAUGUUGAAAACAUAGCAAAUUCCUUGUCACAGGAAUCAGCAUCAUUUUUGUCUCUCCAGUCAUCCUGUCCAUCUCGGAUUCAGACAAUCACAGAUACAGUCUGCAUGUCAAAGCAUGCAUCUUUACCAGAUAUUAGCAGCCUAGAGGCUCCAAUGGUUAAACACCAACAAAGUGCCAUUCAGGGUACCAAUUCAGUAUUUGAUGUAGAUGGUAACAGUAAAAUGAAGAUGGAAAAAACACUCUUUCCACUGAACAAUAAAAAGACAGAUGUACUUAUCACUGUAUAUCCUGAAAGCUUCACUAAGGAUAUUUCACAACAUUUUGAAAAUGAUUUUGCUGCAAAUGAUCUUCGCUCGCAUCCUAUUGCAAGUUCUUCUGUAGUCAGUAAGCUAAUUUAUAAGACAUUGCAAACUGAUGAACUUGGUAGUAACAUGAUUGAUAUUCAGAUCCCAGGUGAAAAAUCCCAUUCUGACGAUCUGUAUUCGUCCCAUGUGGCUAGUAAUAAAGAUGACCUAGAUUUACAGGAACUAAAUGACAGAACUCUGAAAGGAAUUACAAAUGACUAUAACAGAAAACUUUUUAAUGUAGACAACACAGAAAACAGUUCAAUGGAAGAAAACUUGCAGCAGUGCCUUUCACCUUGUUUGGAAAGUCAUUCACAAUUAAUUGAACAUGAAGUGCAUAAAUAUAGUCCAACAAUUAAGUCAGAAGUAGAAGAAGCAAUGGAAGAUCCUAAAGCAGACCACUAUGAAGUUCCUCAAAGAAUUACAAGGAACAGAGCAAAUAUGCUUGCUAAUCAGAGUAAGCAGAAUCUUAUUGGCUGCCCCCAAACAUCAGAAAGAGACUCUGAAUCAUCAUCCUCAAUGAAAGGGAGGAUAAGAUUAACUGAGGAAGAUGAUGCUCAGGCCCAUCAUCCACGGAAAAGAAAGCUGUCACGUGUUCCUCAGCCUGUGCAAGUGAAUCCUUCUGUGAUGCAAGCUAAAUCAAAAACUCAUCAAUCUCUGGCAGCUAUAGUAGACUCUCUAAAACUAGAGGAGAUUCAGCCUUAUAGUUCAGAGAGAGCAAAUCCAUACUUUGAAUACUUGCACAUAAGGAAGAAAAUAGAAGAGAAACGUAAACUAUUAUGUAGUGUUAUUCCUCAAGCACCUCAGUAUUAUGAUGAAUAUGUGACCUUCAAUGGAUCAUACCUCUUAGACGGCAACCCUUUGAGCAAGAUAUGCAUUCCAACUAUCACACCACCUCCUUCACUGUCAGACCCACUUAAAGAACUCUUUAGACAGCAAGAAGUUGUAAGGAUGAAACUUCGUUUACAACACAGUAUUGAAAGGGAAAAGCUCAUUGUUUCCAAUGAGCAAGAAGUACUGCGGGUCCAUUAUCGAGCAGCAAGAUCUUUAGCAAAUCAGACUUUACCAUUCAGUGCAUGCACAGUACUGUUGGAUGCUGAAGUGUAUAAUGUACCUAUGGACACCCAGAGCGAUGACAGUAAAACAUCAGUUAGAGAUCGAUUUAAUGCAAGGCAGUUCAUGUCAUGGUUACAGGAUGUGGAUGAUAAAUUUGAUAAAUUAAAGACAUGUCUCUUGAUGAGGCAGCAACAUGAAGCAGCAGCUUUAAAUGCUGUACAGAGAUUGGAAUGGCAGCUUAAACUACAAGAACUUGAUCCUGCAACUUAUAAAUCCAUCAGCAUUUAUGAAAUUCAGGAGUUCUAUGUUCCUCUUGUGGAUGUUAAUGAUGACUUUGAAUUGACACCUAUAUGACAGCUAGUAGCUCAUGACUGUCACAGCUUAGGUUUGUGGGGCAUACGUGUAAUUGUUUAAAAUAUAGCACUAAUGUGGAAUACUGCCUUUUUCAAUAUUCCAUAGAUUCCUUCAGAAAUGCUUCACAAAAUCUCACUCAAUAUUGUAAAUGUUCAUACCAUUUAGUAACAAAUGGUAUUUAUUUUAGAUUCUAGGUCCAAAAAGCAUCUUCCCAAUGAAUCUAUUUAUGUACAACAACUUUUCAUUGAAGAUUUAACAGCGCUGGCAGCUGUUACAAGAGAGCCACUAAAAAGCACUUAUUUAAAGUCUGCUUUAAUGAUUUUUAUUAUUAAACUUAAAACUCCCACAGAAAUACAACUAACCUGUGGAAGAAAUUAUAAGCUUGUGGGGAUGUGGGAAGUAAGAGUCUAUUCAUCAUAUAAUUUAUAGGUCAACUGUACAGUUUUCUUUUUGAAAAAGAUGUAAUAUUGUUUUCAUUUUUUUAAAUAACUUAUUUUAUACAUAUUGCGCAAAUGUAAAUAUUCUUGUAUUUAAUGUUCAACUCUGUAUAAAAAAUAGAUAUUUUAAUUGUAAAACUGUUUUGUCUAAUGUUUUAUUGGACCAAAGUUGUUGUUUCCUAUGUGUAGUGUGUAGGCAAUUUUCUUUUAAAAGGCAUGUGUUUGAUUUAGAUGCUUGUUUCAUCACAUAACUGUGAAGAUUUGAGACUGAGUGGUAGUGCAUGCUAACUCAGCUCAAGUUUUUCGUUAGUGUGUGGUACCCAAACGAUUGCAACCUGUGGUGCCAAUCCACCAAGCACUGCUUCUGUACAACCUCCAUUCAUUCCAAGGAAUUUGCAUGAAUGCCCAUUUCAACAUACUUUGCAGCAGUGCUUAAUGGAUUACACCUUGACUUCUCAGAGCCAUUUUUUUAAUUGCUCUGCUGAAAUGCCAUGCCUGUGAUUUUCUAUGCUGAGAGUAUUUUGUUUAAAAUCUUUAAGAUUAUAAACUUGCUCUUACAUAGUGGUCUCAAAACAAGCCUAUUCUUCCCCUCCCCUUCCAAAUGCCUCUCAAUGAAAAAUUCUUAAAUUGUAUAUUGUCUAUUUUAAUAAUUACCUAUUGAAGCAUAUGUAAAUAUCUGUAAAUAUAAUGUUUAAUAAAUUCUAUUGGUCAUGCUAAAAAA